UUGUAGCUGCUGAAUUUGUGUUUUGUCAGGUUAUGAAAUUUGUAGUUUACAACCAAUUUUGCAGUCCCUUAAAUAAUUAAAGUGAAUUAAAACAUGCGUAUAUUAUGAGUAGUCUUAGAUAAGUGUAGAGUUAUAAUGAAAUAUUUCCUUUCAUUUAGUUUAGUUCUAAUUAUUGCAUCCAUCCAACUGCAAUGUAAGGGAGAAAGUCAGUUACUGCACUCUAUAUCUGGAAAAGUAGGAGGAGGAAAUUUCACAUAUUACAGCUUGAUGUACACUGGACCAAUAUCGCUCUAUCUCAUUAGCAGUUCUGGGGAUGCUGAUUUGUACAUUUCACAAACAUUGACUAAACCAACCUACGAGCCUGAAUUCUACUGUCUUCAAUCUUCUACGUGUGGUGUUGAUACGGUUCAUAUUCCUAAAAGUUUUCAGCGUCCGGUCGGCAUAGGGAUUUACGGCCACCCGUCGCAUGAAGUGAGCAUUUAUGUGUUGGAAGUUUAUUACAGAGAUAAUUUGCCCAUCGAUUUGGUGUUUGAAGAUGGGGAAGACUUGUUCGAAGAGAAUGGCACCUUUGAUGAAGGAAGAGCUUCACUAGACGACAAGUUUCAAGGAGUUGAAAAAGAAGAAGAAAUAGAAUCUUUCCUAGGAAAUCUGCUCUGGACCUUUGUGAAUAUUUUAUUAGAAGUUUUAUUCUUGUGACGACCGCUGUGGACCUCGAGCUACCAUCAUGAUCGAAUACGAGAAUCAAAUGUUCUUGGAUGUAUUGUACGAGGAUGGCCUACUUAUAUCUGCCAAAGGCCUAAGGGUGGAAACAGUGAUAAUGAACCUUUUAAAGGUUUACUGUGACCCGGGAAAUUUGGUCGUUGUCAUGGGAGCCACACCCCAAGAGGAACAGUUUUUCAUAUCCGAAUUGGAGAAACAGGAAGUCACGCCUCUGCCCAAGGUUUUGACCUACGAUCAUAUCACAUAUGCAGAAAGAGAGUCGGUUUACCUUGGCGGUGGAGUGAUGUUUGUUAGUGCGACUGUGAUUGUGAUUGAUCUGCUGAAGAAGAGAAUACCAAUACCGAAAAUAACUGGUUUCAUUGUGAUGCGAGCACAUCGUAUCCUAGAAUCUUGCCAGGAGGCAUUCGCGAUCAGAUUGUAUAGACAAGGAAACAAGACUGGAUUCAUCAAAGCCUUCUCCACUUCACCUCAUUCGUUCACUGUUGGUUUUGCACAAGUGGAAAGGAUAAUGCGAACUCUAUUCGUCAAGAAUUUGUACUUAUGGCCUCGAUUUCAUGCCACUGUCAAUACCUGUAUGGAGAAGAAGAAGCCGGCCGUUGUUGAGUUUCACUUGGAACUGACAACAUGCAUGUCUCACAUUCAAACAUCAGUGCUGGAUCUUGUUCAUUUCUGCAUCAAGGAAAUCAAACGUCUCAACCCGUCUUUGGAUACAGAAGAUAUAACAGUUGAAAAUGCUCUCUCGAAAACGUUUCAUAAAAUGCUUCAAAUGCAGCUCGAUCCUGUAUGGCACCAGUUGAGCGGAAAAACUAAGCAGUUGGUCUCAGAUCUGAAAACCAUACGCCAUAUUAUACAGAGUCUCUUCCAGCAAGACUGCGUUUCAUUCUAUUCAUACCUGAAUAAAUUGAGGGAUCCGGAUUAUGUAAUGCGCAGCUCAGGUUGGUUGCUACUCGAUUCUUUUGAGUCGAUGUAUGUGGCUGCUAAGAAACGGAUCUAUAAUGCUAAGAACGAAGUGGAUCUUGAGCCAAAUCCGAAAUGGGAAGCCUUAAGUGCCAUUCUGAAGGAAAUCUACAAGAAUUCUAAAGAUACAUCACAUACUGUUCUAGUUCUUGUGCAUGAGUCAUCCACUGUAACCCAGCUGAGGAAUUACCUCACAACCGGCAGCAGUAAACUGCUUUCUCAGAUGUAUGCCAAAUUGAUUGCGACGAAAAGUAAAUCAAAGUUCACUGCGACGAAAAGUGGAACCUCGGAGGCGGAAGCUGACAGUGAAGAGAAUGCAGAUGAAGAAGAGAUGUUGACCACUGUGACGCUCACCCAGACUAUGACCCAAAUCGACGAUCAGUCCAAGGAGGAUGGCGAUGUUGAUAUGGAGGCUACAUUCACUCAGUGCACUCAGGAACAACUGGUAGGAAAACACGAGCCAGUGAUUGUUUUACAACAGUUCAAACAGGACGGAGAUACGCUCUCUCUGCCAAAUUCAUUGAAGCUGUUGCAUCCACUCUAUAUAGUGCUUUACGAUGUCGAUGUAACAGCGAUAAGACAAAUCGAGUGCUUCCAAGCGGCAGACACUGUGUACCAGAUAACUGUCUACUUCCUAAUUCAUGGCGAAAGUGUUGAGGAGCAAGCCUAUCUCACUUCGCUGCGUAGAGAGAAAGAAGCGUUCGAGUUUCUCAUCAAAGAGAAGUCUUCGAUGGUUGUUCAUGCCGAUCAAGACGGCAAAAGCGAAGAUUGCGCCGAGCUGAACCGAGACAUGGGCGUGUCAGCCAGUGCUACCAACUCUGCCAACACGAGAAAAGGUGGCGCAACAGUGCAGCCAACUGUAAUGCCCAAGGUCAUAGUCGACAUCAGGGAAUUUCGCAGUGAAUUGCCCACCCUGCUGCAUAGGAGGGGUAUCAAUAUUGAACCUAUCAGUUUAUUGGUUGGCGAUUACAUUCUUAGUCCAGAAAUGUGUGUUGAGAGGAAAAGUAUCAGUGAUCUGAUAGGAUCGUUAAACAACGGCCGGUUGUACACACAGGCACUCAACAUGACAAGAUAUUACCAAAAACCGAUUUUGCUCAUCGAAUUCGAUCAAAAUAAACCGUUUGCAUUGCAGGGAAGGUAUUACCUAAGUAAUGACAAGUCUUCCAAUGACAUCACAAAUAAACUUCAGUUACUGACCUUACAAUUUCCAAAACUGCGGCUUGUCUGGUCUCCAAAUCCAUAUGCUACAGCUCAACUGUUUCACGAAUUAAAGGAAGGAAAAGAAGAGCCAGAUUCGUCAGUAGCGGCAGCCAUUGGCGUUGAAGGUGUAACAGUGGAUGAUGACUAUCGCCUAGAAAAGUAUAACAGUCAAAUUCAGGAUUUUGUGACUCAGCUACCAGGAAUCGAUUCAAAGAAUCUUUAUAGUCUGCUGGAUAAAGGAGAAUCAUUAGAUAAUCUGAUAAAACUUUCUCAGCAAGAGCUAAACGCGAUUCUUCGUAACUCAUACAGCGCUGAAUCUCUGUACAAUGCUCUUCACACUGAAGUCGAUUCUUUGCCAGACGAUGAGACUAUCAUACCUGCAAGAGGCGCUGCAUUCUCAAGAGGUCGGUUCGGAAGGAGAGGGAGAGGUCGAUUUAUAACUAAGAAAAAAACUUGAGCUAUAGUGAGAGAAUCACUACACACCAUUGGUCCAUUUGCUGACAGUUAGAAAGACAUCGUCAUUCUUCCAUGAGUAGGUCUUCUUUUUUAAUCAAAGACAGAUAUUUGAAACUAUUGUGAUGUACAAUAAAGUUUUUAUGUAGGUCUAUAGUAUUUAUACUCUUAUAUCUGAGUUUUGGAGUGUUUAUAAAACUUCCUUAUUAUUAUAUUGUGUGUACUGGUCUCAAGAAAUGCAUGUAAAUUGUUAAUAAAACUUGUAUAAAUCUGUGUGAUUGUACAA